ACCAACUGCAUCUGACAUCCAUGGUAAUCUAUCAAGAUGGUAUAGAAUAUUAGAUAAUAGCGCUGCAGAAGAUAAUAAUGAAUUAGCAAUAUUAAGAGCAUUUCAGUCUGCAGAUGAAAUUAUUCCAACAUUAUCAACCGAAUUUCCAAAUUGUACUAAAGAUAAACUUACAA